AUGUACGGUAGCAAGCUUCAGAAGAACAAAAUCAGGCCGCCGCGGAGGGGCAUCAACGGCGGCGACAUCGACUUUGAGAGCACCUGGAACAUCCUCGCCGCCGCGAUACGUCAGAUACAUACCAAGAAUGCUUCGGCCCUUUCAUAUGAGGAGCUCUACAGACACACUUACCGCGUAAUCCUGAAGAAGAAAGGCCACGAUCUCUACGAGCGGGUACUGGGCUUUGAGAAGGACUGGUUAAGCAAGGAGGUCAAAGGCGGCGCACAAGGGCUGAUCACGGAUGGCUUGGUCGCGAGCAUGCAGGAUGGAGGUGGUAAUACUACAAUGAACGAACAGAGGGUGGCCGGAGAGAGGUUUCUGAAGGGCCUAAGGGAAGAGUGGCAAGAUUACCAACUCUGCAUGAGCAUGCUCACGGACGUGCUAAUGUACAUGGAACGCGUCUAUUGUACGGACAACCGCCAGCCAUCCGUCUAUACGACCUCGCUCACUUUGUUUCGCGACAACAUCCUGCGCUCCGAUGCGUCGGCAAAACACCCCAAUCAGAAAAUCCAGGGCAUUCUAAACAAGAUAAUGCUGGACCAGGUCCAUAUGGAGCGCAAUGGCGAUAUUAUUGACAAGCAUUUGGUUAAGUCAUGCGUCUACAUGCUGGAGAGCCUGUUCGAAGGCAUUUCGGAAGAUAUCAACCAGCGGUUAUACAUCACUUCAUUCGAGCAAGAAUUCCUGGAUUCUAGCCGCGAAUUCUACAAAAAGGAAGGUGAUACGCUUCUGCGUGACCGGGACGCCGGCACAUACUGCAGACACGCGGCCCGUAGGAUACAAGAAGAACAGGAUAGAUGCCGCUCGACGCUGUCGGAAAGCACUACACCAAAGAUCGAGGCAGUAGUGGAGGAUGAGCUCAUCAGGAAUAAGAUUCAUGAUCUGAUCGAGUCAGACAGCGGGGUCAAGUUCAUGGUGGACAACGAUCGGAUUGAAGAGCUAGGACUUGUCUAUGAGCUCAAUUCGCGCGUCGACUUCAAGAAAACAGAGCUGGUUCGGGCGAUACAGAACCGCAUCGUGGAAAUGGGAACGGAGGUUAACAAGGCCGCCAUAGCUGCUUCUCAGGCACCCUCGGCGCCAGCAAUCCCGGCAGAAGGUGGUGAGAAGGAAAAGAGCAAGGCAGCGUCGGCGGAAAAGGCUGUUAACCAGCAGACUGUGGCAGCGUUGAAAUGGGUCGAAGAAGUCUUGCAACUAAAGGAUAAGUUUGACGAGAUCUGGAAACGCGCAUUUGCCUCGGAUCAACUCAUGCAAACUGCCCUUACUCGCAGCUUCUCGGAAUUCAUCAACUCAAGCGCAUUCCCUCGGAGCUCGGAGUACAUUUCGCUCUUCAUCGACGAGAACAUGAAGAAGGGCAUCAAAGGUAAAUCAGAGAACGAGGUCGACAUCGUGCUGGAGAAGGCCAUUGUCCUGCUGCGGUACAUUGUCGACAAGGACCUCUUCGAGCGCUAUUACAAGAAGCAUCUCUGCAAGCGUCUGCUUAUGAACAAGUCGCUGAGCAACGACGUGGAACAGCAAAUGAUUUCACGGAUGAAGAUUGAGCUCGGAAACAACUUCACAACGAAACUGGAAGCUAUGUUUAAGGAUAUGACCAUUUCUGAUGAACUAACUUCCGGCUUCAAGGACCACGUCGCCAAGCUCGGCGACCCAGACCCCAAGCGCAUCGAACUUGGCGUCAGCAUCCUGACCAGCAUGACUUGGCCUUUGGAGUCCAUGGGCAGCUCUGGUGACAACGAGGAGAGUGCGCGUCUAAAGUGCGUUUUCCCCAUGGCCGUCGAGAAGAUCAAGAAGAGCUUCGAACAAUACUACGGUGAGAAGCACUCUGGCCGUCAACUUACCUGGCUCGCCAACAUGGGUUCUGCGGAUGUCCGGGCCACAUUCCCUAAGGUGCCGUCCAAGGAGGGCGGCUUCAAGGAGCGUAAGCACGAGCUUAACGUCUCCACGUAUGCCAUGAUAAUCCUAUUGCUUUUCAACGACGUACCCAACGAAGAGAGUAUGACCUUCGAAGAGAUCCAAGCCAAGACCAACAUCCCCACCCACGACCUUAUCCGGAAUCUGCAAUCUCUGGCCGUCGCACCUAAGACGAGGAUAUUGAUCAAGGAGCCUAUGAGCAAGGACGUCAAGCCCACUGACAAGUUCUUUUUCAACGAGGGUUUCGUGGGCAAGUUCCACAAGCUUAAAGUUGGUGUGGUUACCGCAGGAAACAAGGUCGAGGGCGAAAAGGAGCGCAAGGAUACUGAGAAGAAGAACAACGAUUCCCGUGGCUUCUGCAUCGAGGCUGCUGUUGUGAGAAUCAUGAAGCAACGCAAAGAGCUCAGCCAUCAGCAACUCGUUGCCGAAACCUUGACGCAGCUCGCCAACCAGUUCAAGCCAGACGUGAAUAUGAUCAAGAAGCGUAUAGAGAGUCUGAUCGAGCGCGAGUAUCUCGAACGCAUCGAAGAGGCGGCUCUCCCCUCCUACCGGUACUUGGCGUGA